CUGCGAUCUCCCCGUCAUUGUUAUUGGUUGGUACCAUGACAAGCCGGUCGGGUGGACGCUACGGUGAUAGAUAUAUUGGAGAGGAGGAGAGAGAGCGACGUCCGGGAAAUGCAUCUUUUGUGACAUUUGGAACUGAGCAGCCGCUGGAUGCAUCCGAGGUCCGGGCGAAAGACAGGAACAAGUACCUUCCGGUUCACUUGCAAGAGCCUCGGGAUGAAAAGGGGCGUAAGCGAUUCCACGGUGCAUUCACCGGCGGGUUCUCAGCGGGCUAUUUCAAUACCGUUGGCACCAAAGAGGGAUGGACACCUUCUCAGUUUGUGUCGAGUAGGAGCUCCCGUUCUGCCCUCAAUACUGCGAAACCAGAAGAUUAUAUGGAUGAUGAAGAUCUUGCAGAAAUGUCGGGACGAAUAGCUGCAACCGAGGAAUAUGAUAUAAUAGGGGGAACGGAGCGCGAGUUGGCCAGGAAACGGGCUGCUGUAAGCACGAUGGAAAAAGAGCAGAAUGUCCUCGGCCAGUUACCUGGUCGACUCGUGGAAGAUCUCAUUGGUCCUCCAAAAGACCCUAUUGGCAUCAAACUGCUAAGGCAGAUGGGUUGGAGAGAGGGCCAUGGGGUCGGGCCGAGAGCGAAGAGGAAACGGAAGACGGAAGAAGACGAUAUUUAUGCCGCCGAGCAUGCCUUUGCACCUAAGGAUAUUGCUGUCGAUAUUCUCAAACCUAAAACUGACACUUUCGGGCUUGGAUUCGAUCCGUUUCAUAAUGCCCCCGAGUUUGCUGGCCGCAAGACAGUACCCGGUGCGCAAGCUUUGUCGGAAGGUCCGGAAAAGAAGAAACCCAAGAGUGCGGGGAGAGCGGGCUUUGGGGUAGGCGUUUUCGAAGACGAGGAAGAAGACUUGGAUGUGUACGGAUCCGGAAUGACCAAUUACGACAUGAUAAUUGACGAUGACGAUGAUGAAAUGCACCGUUUGGGCCAAAAGCUUGGCAGAUCCGCAUCUAAACGAUCAAUGGCCCUAGCGACUUCCCCAUCGGCACCAAUUGUUCAAGCGGGAUUGUGCAGCGAUGGACGCCUUCCUAUUGUCGGGUUUCUUCUGGCAAAUAACACCUUGCCUGAACCUACCUGGUACCCCCCGCCAAUACUUCCGACCGAUUUUAUUCCCCGUCACACGUUCCAGCCAAAUACACCUUCGGCCUCUCUCCGACAACCACAACACCCCACUGUUGAUCAGUUUACGCACGCAUCUCGACAGGGACGGCAAACAGAGCUGACAGCCGAUCAGCGCCGGGAUAUCCUAGGAGAGGAGGCUUUAAGUGGUCCCCAACGCUCGGUAUUUUCUUACUUGCCUAUCAAGGAACAGGAUCGACUACAAGCAUUUAUAGAGAAGGCAACCAAAGCUAGGGACGCCCUGAUUCCUAAGGAGCCUAAAGAGGCCAAGCCUUCUACUUUGGGGCCUGAGGUUGAGAAGGAUACGGCUUUGGCAGCACUAAAAGGUUUCAUGCCAUUCGGUAAUGACAUAGCAAAACAACAAAGAUAUCGUCGUUUCCUAGAGUACAAGGCUGGAUUGACAACGGACGCUCCAUUGCCGCCUCAGCAUCUGAGCAAGCAGGAUGUCGCACACGAGCUCCUGGAGUUCUCCAAAGCUGCCCUGAUCUUUAAACCACUGUCUUCCAUGAUGGCAGCACGAUUUACUUCGUCGUCGGUAGAAACGGAGGAAAGAAAGCCGGAAUCAAAAGAUGUAUCCAAUGAGGCGGCAAGAAUGAAAAUGUACGGUCGAUUAACUCGAACACGCACAGAGUGGCGACCGGAUAAACUCCUGUGCAAGCGGUUCAAUGUGGCGGACCCAUAUGCGAGCAAGACAAAAAAGCAAAAGCAAGACGAGGACGAGGAUGAUAGAUUCCGCUCCACGGCUCGAUUACAGCAGGACAAGCUCUUGGAGAAAGAAGUGUUGAACCCUCGAGCAAUGGACAACUUGAUGGCUGAACGGGAUCGCCUAGUCAACGAAGGAAAGCUUGGUGGGAGCGCCGUCAAUGGAAUCGCUGGUAUCACCCAAGAACCAGUGACGGAGAUGUUAACAAGGGAAGCUGUACCUGGACAGGUGUUCGUGCCAACAUCCGCUCCUACCAAACAAGAGGAUGAAGGAAUAGCCGCUGAGUAUGAGCGACCUCCGAUGGAUAUUUUUAAAGCCAUUUUUGCGGAUUCAGAGGAUGAGGAUGAGGAUGACGACUCUGGGAGUGACACCCGCGAUCCUAAGUUGAAUGAGGUGCUGCCACCGGUCGAAGUUCCCAAGCAGGCAUCUGCCGUACAUGUUAGCAUCUCCGUGCCAGCUGAUACGGUGUCCGCUAAGCUUCCACCGCCUACCUUCCGUCCUCUAUUUCGACGAAAAGAAGACCGCGGUAAAACCAUCUCACAAACCAGAGGUGGUGUGGGGUCUGAUACGGUAUCGGGUGCUACAAUUCCGGAAGAUCCUAGCACAACAGAGGGAGAAUCAUUACCAGUUGACAAAUCUAGUAGAGGGAUGGCCCUUGCUCGCUCAACCUCAGAAGUGGAGCGCAAGGUUGCAAAGUCUAACUUGUCAAAAAGUCCCAGUUCAGAAAUGAUGGUGGUGGAAAAGGCGGCAGAAGACAUGCCAAUAGAACCGGACCCAGAGCGGCAGACGUCUUUUGGACGACCUGCCUUAAGUGAGAAGCAAUCUGGCGACAUAUCAUUGGAUAAUGACCAAGAAGAGAAAAGCAGAUCCCACGACUCGGAUGAGAUCGAUGACGGACGACAAGAGAAGGUGAAAAGGGCUAAAAAGGAAAGAAAGAAAAAGCGGGGGAGCAAAUCCAGUCGCAAGCGGGAGCGGGAAGGGAGGGAACGACACAAGCGGAAGUAUCGAGACACAACGAGUGAAGAGGAGGAGGAGGAGGUUUGGGUCGAGAAAAAAGUACAGACAAUUCCAGUGGAAAACAGCUUUUCCAGUAGCACGAGAAACUGGUCGCAGUCUACGGAUGCUGUCGAUGCACGCAGGAGGUCCAACAUGGCGGAACCGACUCAGAUUGAGAAAUCCGCGGACAAUGAAAAGGACGGCGCCGUAAAGCGUUUCCAUGAAGAGGAAUCAUCGAGAAAGCGGGCAAGAGCAUCCGCUGCCGACUUUAUGUAACUGAUUAAUCAAAAUACAAUCAUGAAUAGGGGGCCAGCUGCUGUAUGUAGACUGGCCAACGCCGAUAUGGCACUACCAAUACCCCCUUGAAUCGCUCCGCGCAAAAUUCCAUUAUUAUCUACCACAAAAAUACUCCAGUCAUCACUCUCCUCGCAUGUGCAUUCCCAGCCAUUCCUCCUCCGUCAUCCCGUCUGGUUUCU